AUGUUGUGGAUGGAAAAUGGCUGUAGUAAUACUGACCAACCAGCUAAGACCAGGUUAGGUUGCAGUGUUGUCUAUUGUUCUGUAUUUUCUGCAUUGUGUGUCACUAUUUCUGCUGUCUCUCUCUGUGUUGUUUCUCUCUAGGAUGCAACAGCGCGGUAGCAGCAUCACACAGGCCCACAGACAGCAGUUUGAGUACAGUAAGAACCAGGUAGUGAGCUGCAGAUACCCUGACUGGCUGUGGGAGUCACUGGGGCCAUUGGGUAACAUGGGGUACAAGCAGGGUCACCCUUCCAGUUAGUGCGCCGGAACCCCUCCGACUUAACCCAAUGCUGGACACUGAAUGAGGGAGAGAGGUAGGAGAAUGGACCCCAUGUGAAUUUGUACUGAUGUCAGAGUGUGACCCUGUUUGUCUAUCCUCCCAUGUCACACUGAUGUUGGAUAUGAUCCCCUUCUGACCCUGUCUAGUACACUGCACUGUGCCUAUGAGAUCCAGCCAAGGACACGAUGACAGGGUCAAAGGUCUUUUCAUGUUCUCAGAAGCCAUAGGGGAAAAGUGUAUGAAAGUAGUCGAUAUAAAUAUACACAGUUAGUUUUUAUCAUCGUUUGUCACCUCACACUAAUCUUGAUCUCCAGGACUCUUCAUCUGUUGGCCAACCAUAAGCUUGUGUUGUCUGUUUCCAUGACUACAAUCACCACAAGAGACUCCUCCUCUGAACCCCCUCUCCUCACAUGCUGCUCUGCUGUCCUACCAGUGAGACACACUGACAAGCACAGAAAGUCAACAACAACAACAAUACAGACCAUUACAUACUGAAAGUAUCAUGGUUUUAUCUCUUCUAUAUACUGUCUUUUCAGAUGUACAAGCCAAACAGUUAUGGAGCAGCCAACCAGAAGUGGGGCUGGUUACCAGAGCUCAGGGUUCUGAGUGUGUUCUACACCUCAUCUCUUUCUGAAUAAUGCUGUGUCUGUACGGUAUCUCACACUGUACUCUGUGGAGGCAGGGUUUCUCCUUCACCAGGCCAGGUGAUCUGUGGGGACAGGGUUUCUCCUUCAUCAAGCCAGGUGAUCUGUGGGGACAGGGUUGCUCCUUCACCAAGCCAGGUGAUCUGUGUGGACAGGGUUUCUCCUUCACCAAGCCAGGUGAUCUGUGGGGACAGGGUUUCUCCUUCACCAGGCCAGGUGAUCUGUGGGGACAGGGUUGCUCCUUCACCAGGCCAGGUGAUCUGUGAGGACAGGGUUGCUCCUUCACCAGGCCAGAUGAUCUGUGGGGACAGGGUGGAUGUGUGUCCUAGCUUUUCCAUUGGACUGAGAGGGAGAGGAGUUUUCCAGAAGCUUCCCCCAGAAUCCUCCUCCUUCUGCUCUACGGCCAGUCACAACCACCAGCUCAGCCCAACUGGACCCUUCAGGAACCUCAAGGUCCACAAGGUAGUGGUACAUCCAGUAUCCCCUACAGCAUUCCUUGAAAUCAAGUGGGUGUGAAGUUCAUUAUGAAAUCAAAGGCGAUGCAGAUGGUUACAUUGGAGUAAACAUGUUCUCCUCAUGAACCCCCAGGAGAGUGUGUAUGUGUGUGUCUUCAUUUCUGUGUGUGAGAGACUAAGACUCCAGCUGUGUCCUCCUGCAGAUGGAGCUCAGUGAGUCUGCAGCAGAGGCCAUUCUGCAUCGUCUAGAGGAGCGUCUAGAGUCACUGAGGACGGAGGCUGCAGUGCUGCAGGAGCAGACGCCGUCCCCAGAGGUGAGCAGCGCAGCCCGGACGCAGCCGAGUGUUAAGAUCCUGGCCCACAGGAAUGGGCAGGGGGGCCUAGAGGAGGGCCAGCUGAUCACCACGGCAACAAAGCCCCUGGUGAGACACCACAGGGCCACUGAAACAGACAGACAGACAGACACAGACUGUCAUCUCCUAAUACUGCAUUAACAUGUGUAGCUACAGUAACUACAUCUAUACUAUAGCAGCAUAAACAGUACAAGUAAGUGUAUGACUUUGUUGUUACACAGGUGUACAGUAUGAGUUUCUGUGUCUGUAGUUGCUGUCAGGAUGCACCCUACUGAGGUCCCCCUCCAUGUCUGGUUGUCCUGUGGAGAGCCUUACCUCCCCUACUGAGGUCCCCCUCCAUGUCUGGUUGUCCUGUGGAGAGCCUUACCUCCCCUACUGAGGUCCCCCUCCAUGUCUGGUUGUCCUGUGGAGAGCCUUACCUCCCCUACUGAGGUCCCCCUCCAUGUCUGGUUGUCCUGUGGAGAGCCUUACCUCCCCUACUGAGGUCCCCCUCCAUGUCUGGUUGUCCUGUGGAGAGCCUUACCUCCCCUACUGAGGUCCCCCUCCAUGUCUGGUUGUCCUGUGGAGAGCCUUACCUCCCCUACUGAGGUCCCCAUCCAUGUCUGGUUGUCCUGUGGAGAGCCUUACCUCCCCUACUGAGGUCCCCCUCCAUGUCUGGUUGUCCUGUGGAGAGCCUUACCUCCCCUACUGAGGUCCCCCUCCAUGUCUGGUUGUCCUGUGGAGAGCCUUACCUCCCCUACUGAGGUCCCCCUCCAUGUCUGGUUGUCCUGUGGAGAGCCUUACCUCCCCUACUGAGGUCCCCCCCAUGUCUGGUUGUCCUGUGGAGAGCCUUACCUCCCCUACUGAGGUCCCCCUCCAUGUCUGGUUGUCCUGUGGAGAGCCUUACCUCCCCUACUGAGGUCCCCCUCCAUGUCUGGUUGUCCUGUGGAGAGCCUUACCUCCCCUACUGAGGUCCCCCUCCAUGUCUGGUUGUCUUGUGGAGAGCCUUACCUCCCCUACUGAGGUCCCCCUCCAUGUCUGGUUGUCCUGUGGAGAGCCUUACCUCCCCUACUGAGGUCCCCCAUCCAUGUCUGGUUGUCUUGUGGAGAGCCUUACUUCCCCUUAGAUGGUGAGACACACACACAGUGGUACAUGGAUGUGCUAAGGGGAUUUCAUAUUAUGAAAUUGUACAUAAAUACACAGUAAUGUCCAUUUUCCUUUGCUACUACAGUGUGGUAUCUGAACAAUUUAUGACUUUGCUAAUGGUUGCAAAUGGUCUUAGAGGAUGUUGACUAAGCUUAAAGGGAGCAUAUGUAGAGUAGUUCUAUAGGGGCAGAGGAAGUCUGUUAGGUGGAGUCCUGGGAUUGGUCUGUAGGGGAAAACACCCAUAUUAUGUUACAUAGGGCAUAGGAUAAAUACCACGGUUAAAACAAAGGACGGAGAUAAUAACAUAUUACAGAUUGGGUCCGGUUAUUCUCCAGAUGUCUGCAGAUGUCUGUAAAUUGACGCUGGAAUCCUUUGAUGGAAUAAACCUUUAUAAUCAAAGUACAGUGUCAGCGGAUUUCCUUGUUCUCACAGCAUAACUAGCAUCGUUUUCUCGACACUACAAUAAUGUCGACGAGGAUGCCCACUCUGGGAAACCACAUAAUGGCGACGAGGUAUUGGUCAUGUUGCGUCUUUUCUCAGCGUUCCAUUCAUGGGCGCCGAGCUGACUUUCGCUCCAGAGUCCGGCAGAUAAGGGUGAGUUUUCUCACUACUAUGGGCACUGGUUAGUUCGUGUGUCUGUGUGUGUGCGCUGAAUGAAUGCAUCGUUAAGAACUUGCGUGUGUGCUUUGCUGUUAUUUGCUGUGGGAUAGGAGUCCGUUCUAAAUUUCGAAAUUUGUUUGCGCUGGUAACAACGCAAACAGGGGGGAGUGUCUAUAGGGAUAUUUUGCUUGACUAAAAUUCAAAAAGAAUACAAUGAAGGAAAGGCCAGUGUCACGGUUUCGGCCAAGGCUGCGCCUCCUCCUGGUUCGGGCAGGCUUCGGCGGUCGUCGUCUCCGGAGUACUAGCUGCCACCGAUCUAUGUUUCAUGUUCGUUUGGUUUGGUCUUGAUGUUGUACACCUGUGUCUAGUUAGUCCUCGUUAGUGUUCUAUUUAGUUCUCGUUGUGUGUGUCUGUGUUUGUGUGUUAUUGUUUCGCUGUCGUGUUUUGUGCGCUACUGUUUGCCUUGUGCAUUUCAUAUUUUCCUCCUCUGUGUUCGGAGGUUAUUUACGCACUGUUUUGUGCGCCGUUUGGUUUUCGCCUGUGUGCGGACUUUCUCGCCUCCGGGCGUUUGACUCGUGAAUUUGAGUGUGCUGUUCACUAAAGUCUAUUGGACUUAUUUUUCUGCGUCCUGCAUCUGAUUCCUGCACCACAACCACCUACAGCACCCACUGACAGCCAGGAACUAAGGAAAAUGUAUACAAAUUAGAACACCGCGAAUCUAUGGAAGCCCUCAAACGAGGCGAUCAUUAGGAUGGGCCGAAAAUCCUAAAAGCGCAUUAGGUGGGUUUAGGUCAGUCCCGGGGACUGUGGGUUGUGGUAUAUACAUUCGAUUGCAAGUUACCGCUCAACUUAUGGUUGACGAAGUAUAUGUUUGAUGUAACCGCUCAUUGGAUAUCCGUGAACUUGAGGUAGCAAAAAUGUAGGAACAAAGGAAAAAAAUGGCACGAUGGUAGUAGCAUGCUUAGGGGUCCGUAGGAACGGAAAUAAGCCUCUUAAACUGUAUGUGUGUGUGUGUAGAAGAGAGUAGGAUUUGUGUUCUAUGUUUUGUGAGCUCUGUUAAGUGUUACUGUUUGUAUAUGGGGGGAAAGAGAGGAAGUACAGCGGGUCUGUCUACUUUCUGUUGUUUAGGCUGGGAGAGAGCUGCUUGAGAGCUCCUUCCACUCUGAAAUCGCACUGGUGAAUGAACUACGCAUGCGUGUGAUUUUAUGAGUUUAGAGUUACGUAGAGCAAAUGUGCCACUCCCCUGCCUGCACUGAGCUGCUGGGAGACGCAGACUCAGAGCAGACAGAGGAGAUUUAGACACGAAUGGAGUGUUCUGUUUGUUGAAAACAAAAAACUGUAAUAUCUUAUGUUUCACGGAGUCGUGGCUGAACGACAACAAUGAUAACAUUCAGCUAGCAGGCUAUACGCUACAUCGGCAGGACAGAACGGCUGACUCCGGUAAGACAAGGGGAGGCGGUCUGUGUAUAUUUGUAAACAACAGCUGGUGCACAAAAUCAAAUACUAAGGAAGUCUCGAGGUUUUGCUCGCCUGAGGUAGAGUAUCUUAUGAUAAGCUGUAGACCACACUAUUUACCAAGAGAGUUUUCAUCUAUAUUUUUCAUAGCUGUCUAUUUACCACCACAAACCAAUGCUGGCAUUAAGAUUGCACUGAAUGAGUUGUACAAGGCCAUAGAUCAACAGGAAAACGCUCAUCCAGAUGCAGCGCUCCUAGUGGCCGGGGACUUUAAUGCAGGGAAACUUAAAUCCGUUCUACCUAAUUUCUACCAGCAUGUUAAAUGUGCAACCAGAGGGAAAAAAACUCUAGACCACCUUUACUUCACACACAGAGACGCAUACAAAGCUCUCCCUCGCCCUCCAUUUGGCAAAUCUGACCAUAACUCUAUCCUCCUGAUUCCUGCUUAUAAGCAAAAACUAAAGCAGGAAGCACCAGUGACUUGGUUAAUAAAAAAGUGGUCAGAUGACGCAGAUGCUAAGCUACAGGACUGUUUUGCUAGCACAGACUGGAACAUGUUCUGGGAUUCUUCAGACAGCAUUGAGGAGUACACCACAUCAGUCACUGGCUUCAUCAAUAAGUGCAUCGAUGAUGUCGUCCCCACAGUGACCGUACGUACAUACCCCAACCAGAAGCCAUGGAUUACAGGAAACAUCCGCACUGAGCUAAAGGGUAGAGCUGCCGCUUUCAAGGAACGGGACUCUAACCCGGACGCUUAUAAGAAAUCCCGCUAUGACCUCCGACGAACCAUCAAACAGGCAAAGAGUCAAUACAGGUCUAAGAUUGAAUCAUACUACACUGGCUCUGACGCUCGUCGGAUGUGGCAGGGCUUGAAAACUAUUACAGACUACAAAGGGAAGCACAGCCGCGAGCUGCCCAGUGACACAAGCCUACCAGACGAGCUAAACCACUUCUAUGCUCGCUUCGAGGCAAGCAACACUGAAGCAUGCAUGAGAGCACCAGCUGUUCCGGAUGACUAUGUGAUCACGCUCUCCGUAGCCGAUGUGAGUAAGACUUUUAAGCAGGUCAACAUUCACAAGGCCGCAGGGCCAGACGGAUUACCAGGACAUGUACUCCGAGCAUGUGCUGACCAACUGGCAAGUGUCUUCACUGACAUUUUCAACAUGUCCCUGACUGAGUCUGUAAUACCAACAUGUUUCAAGCAGACCACCAUAGUCCCCGUGCCCAAGGACUCUAAGAUAACCUGCCUAAAUGACUACCGACCCGUAGCACUGACGUCUGUAGCCAUGAAGUGCUUUGAAAGACUGGUCAUGGCUCACAUCAACAGCAUUAUCCCAGAAACCCUAGACCCACUCCAAUUUGCAUACCGCCCCAACAGAUCCACAGAUGAUGCAAUCUCUAUCGCACUCCACACUGCCCUUUCCCACCUGGACAAGAGGAACACCUACGUGAGAAUGCUAUUCAUUGACUACAGCUCAGCAUUCAACACCAUAGUGCCCUCUAAGCUCAUCACUAAGCUAAGGAUCCUGGGACUAAACACCUCCCUCUGCAACUGGAUCCUGGACUUCCUGACGGGCCGCCCCCAGGUGGUAAGGGUAGGUAACAACACAUCUGCCACACUGAUCCUCAACACGGGGGCCCCUCAGGGGUGCGUGCUCAGUCCCCUCCUGUACUCUCUGUUCACCCAUGACUGCAUGGCCAGGCACGACUCCAACACCAUCAUUAAGUUUGCCGACGACACAACAGUGGUAGGCCUGAUCACCGACAACGAUGAGACAGCCUAUAGGGAGGAGGUCAGAGAUCUGGCCGUGUGGUGCCAGGACAACAACCUCUCCCUCAACGUGACCAAGACAAAGGAGAUGAUUGUGGACUACAGGAAAAAAAAAGAAGACUGAGCACGCCCCCAUUCUCAUCGACGGGGCUGUAGUGGAACAGGUUGAGAGCUUCAAGUUCCUUGGUGUCCACAUCACCAACAAACUAUCAUGGUCCAAACACACCAAGACAGUCGUGAAGAGGGCACGACAAAGCCUAUUCCCCCUCAGGAGACUAAAAAGAUUUGGCAUGGGUCCUCAGAUCCUCAAAAAAUUCUACAGCUGCACCAUCGAGAGCAUCCUGACUGGUUGCAUCACCGCCUGGUAUGGCAACUGCUUGGCCUCCGACCGCAAGGCACUACAGAGGGUAGUGCGUACGGCCCAGUACAUCACUGGGGCAAAGCUUCCUGCCAUCCAGGACCUCUAUACCAGGCGGUGUCAGAGGAAGGCCCUCAAAAUUGUCAAAGACUCCAGCCACCCUAGUCAUAGACUGUUCUCUCUGCUACCGCACGGCAAGCGGUACCGGAGUGCCAAGUCUAGGUCCAAAAGACUUCUCAACAGCUUCUACCCCCAAGCCAUAAGACUCCUGAACAGCUAAUCAUGGCUACCUGGACUAUUUGCACUGCCCCCCCACCCCAUCCUUUUUACGCUGCUGCUACUCUGUUAAGUAUUUAUGCAUAGUCACUUUAACUCUACCCACAUGUACAUAUUACCUCAACUACCUCAACUAGCCGGUGCCCCCGCACAUUGACUCUGCAACGGUACCCCCCUGUAUAUAUAGCCUCCCUACUGUCACUUUAUUUUACUUCUGCUCUUUUUUUCUCAACACUUUUUUUGUUGUUGUUUUAUUCUUACUUUUUUUGUUUAAAAUAAAUGCACUGUUGGUUAAGGGCUGUAAGUAAGCAUUUCACUGUAAUGUCUGCACCUGUUGUAUUCGGCGCAUGUGACCAAUACAAUUUGAUUUGAUUUGAUUUGAAUCGGCUGUUGCUUAACGAUGAAACUAUUUGAUUGAGAUCUAUUGACUUGAUAAAUGAGAGAUAUGUUGAUGGAUAAAAAAAUAAUAAAAUAAAAUAAAUAAAAUAAAAUGUUAUUGAGCUAUUUAUACUAUUCCUGAGUUAAGCUGUUUGCUUAUUUCUUAGAGCGAAUGUGAACAGAGGGGUAUUGAAUGGUUGAAAUAACCCAGUGAGUGCAUAAAAUACUAAAUUCUUGUCUGUUCUUUGUUCUGUGAUAUGAGAGAUGAUAAGAAGGAGGAGACACAGAGAGAGAGGAGGUGCUGAUGAGUGCAUCAUGCGACAGAGUGUGCUGCAACGGAUCAAGUCAAAUCAAGGCUAGUACUGUUCUAUUCACAAAACUUACCUUCCCAUAGAGGAUAUUUUGGGUGCCUAGCAUAUUUGAUGUUAUGACAAUUUGACAAGGACUUGGCAACAGACUGAUCAAUUGAUGUAAUUAAGAAUUGCAUUUUGGAGUUUUUGUGCAUGAGUGGGUUUGAUUAGAGUUGAGUGGGGAAAUCGAGCAUUGACAUUAUUCUGUAAAAUUAAGGUAAUUGGGUGCUUAUUAGGAAAUGGGUUUGUGAGUGCUGUAGAGUUGCAGGAUUAGAGGUCUUUAUUUUUUGGAUUGCUCUAAGGUGACUACUUUCAUUUACUUUUCCUGAUCGGAUGUGGUAAGAUUGCCACUAAUUAAUUAAUUUGGUAAAAAAUAAAAAAAGAGGGAACUAUAAGCUACAUAGUCUAAAAUAAUGAAAUAAUUCACAAUAAAGGAAUAUAAAAUAGUUGUUACAAGGGGGGAAAAGGACAUAAAAACUAUGAAAGUAAUUACUCCUGUUGAUGUAGUAGAAAAUAGUAAUCCUUUAGUUAAUGGUAUUGCAAGGUUAUCUGGAAAAUGGAAUAAACGUUGGCCUGACAUUGAACAACCAUGGCUAGUGGAAGGGACUCUUAACCCUGACGUCAUCAACAUAAUGAAAGUGCUUGAAUAAUAGAGAGAGGAAAAGCAGAAAUGACCAUAAAGAUGAAUCCAAAACUCCAAAAGUAGGAAGAAAACGAGAUGUCUGGAAACUAAGGGUGGAGUGAGGUUCAGGAAGAUGGAACUUGAAGAUGAUGAUGAUGAUGAUGAUCAGAGUGAUUGAGAAGAGAUCAUGGGUGGAUAUGACUCUGUGAUCAGAAGGAAGUUGGCAAGAGAGGAAAGAAGGGGUGAUGGAAGUUGAAGGAAGAAGAAGGAUACUAGAGAUUCGAUCUCUGAUGAAAGUGAAGAUGGAGAAAGCGAUGAAGAUUUGGAGAUUAAAGGUGCUUUAUGUUAAGGAGGAUUUUAUCCUACAAUGAUUAGCACAGAAGAAAUAGAAAGAGAUAUAGACAGAUGCGUAUCAUGCCUGGAUAGAGGGAAUAAUUUAGAAGAAGUAAGAGAACUGGAAGAACAACUCAAGAAGCUGAAGAUACAGAAGAGAAGAAAAAACUGCUGAGAAAAGGAUACCAAGAAUUGGAGAAGAAUAAUACAUUGAGGCCAAGGAAAGAGAGCACAAGUAAGAAGAUGAUGCAAGAUGAUAUUUAGAGGAUAGAACCUAGAAUAUAAGCCUUUGAAGAAUACCGAUAUGUCAGAUAUACUUGAGAAGCUGUCUACUCUUCAAGAUGGAGCAUAUCCUUGGAUUUCAAAAAUUUGAAGAAAUUAUGGUGGGAACAUAGUCUGCCAUAGGAGACAUUAAGAGACUUUUGGCUAAUCUCCUUGGGAUUCCAGAUAUGGAAGAAAUAUUUCAGAGAGUGGGACUUAAUAGAUAUGUGGGGACUGAAGUGAAUGACCCUGAAUUGUUGGCUGCAAGUAGAAAUAGGCUGUGGAGAGCACUGAAAGAUAUGUUUCCAACAAAUGUGCAUUCUGACAACAUUCUGAUUGACCUACUAGGUCAACAAUAAAAUCUGAGAGCCUAUGUGUCAAGAGUUCAUCAAGUGUGGAGAAAUAUUACUGGAAAUGAUCCAGAUGUGAGUCAAAUUGAGAAGUCAAUUUUGAGAGCUAAACUGCAGAGGGGACUGCCCUCACAAGUAAGGAGCAAACUGGCAGAGGUGGUUGGACUUGGAAGCAUGACAAAAGGUGCCUAUAGAGAUCAUAUAGCCUAUCAAGUGGAUCUGUACAGGAAAAAGGAACACAACUAGAAAGAACAGGACCAAGAAACUCUCAGAAAACUUGAUGAAAUACAACUGGGGGAGAAUAAGAAGGAGAAAGAAAAGCUUUGGUUAUGAAGAAUCAGUGUGCACCAAAUCAACAAUCACUGCCACAGCUUCAACCGAACCAGGUCAAAUGCAAUUGUACCAGCCAUAACUAGUGGUACAAGUUGUUUCAUAUCCAUAGCCAGUUUCUGGACAGACACAGAAUUGGAGAGGAAGAGGACGAGAAGGCUUAGGAAGAGGAGGAAGAUUUAAGCCAUACUUCCAGCAAUUGUGUGUUAUGAUUGUGGACAGGUUGGUGAAUUUGCCUGUGAGUGUAAUGGGCCAGAAGGAAACACACGAGGGAAUUUCAGAGGAAGAUACAGGAGCAAGUGAAGAUCAUCUGGAGGACAGGUGAACCCUUAUAGGGGCAAGGAGCAAGGAUUCUAGGGGUGCCUAGAAGAUCCGAAAGGGGGGGUGUCAGCUGGUAGCACCAGUUAGGGGAAAAAGAUCCAACAAUUGAGGUGAAAAUAAACAACGGACCAUUGGAAGUGAUGAUGGAUAGCGGAACGGCUUUUAUCUGUGUUCAGCCUGAAGAGGUUACACAUCUCACUAUGUCAAAUCAACUAAUUAGGACAAUCGGAUUUGAGGGAGUGAAACAGCUGAUUACUCUUAAGGAACCAAUUGAGUUUGGCUAUGAAAAUUAGAAAAUUACAAUAUCCAUACUGGUAUCAGAACAUAAACAUAUUGCAUUGUUGGGAAGAGAUGCAUUGUGAAAGUUGAACUUCAACGAGGAGGCAGACCUCCUUGGAAGAAUCAGUAUCCAUUGAAAGAUGAAGCAAUCCAAGGGAUUGAACAAGAAAUUGAAGGACUUUCAAAAGCAGGUGUUUUGAAGACAAGAAAAAAUCCUUAGAGUAGCAAUCAAUUGUUGUUUUGGGAGAAACCAUGAGGGGUUGAUAGUAGCGCCUCUGGACCUAUUAGGUCUGAUGAUUUAGGAAGCUAGGGGUUAGCUAAUGUUGCAAGGGGGGAGGUUAGGAGAAAGAUUACAAAGGAGUAGGGUUUUUGGGAAUCAUAUUUGCUUGAAUAGAUUGACUAUGUCAUAGGCAGGUGGACAAUCUGUCUGAAAAAUAAUGUUUAAAAGGGGUGACUGUUAUUCUUGGUUACAUUCCUACACCAAGAGGGGAAUGAGAUGUCAAACUAAGCUAAAAGAUGCUCAAUCGUUUGCCAAGUUUUUGUGUAAAGAAGUCAUAAGCAGGUGGGGACUUCCGGAUCAAAUAUCCUAAAAUUAGUGGGAAAGGAAUUUGUGGAUAAAUCAGUGAAAUGGUUUUUGGAAAAAUUAAGAAAAAAGUCAGAUAAAAAAGUUAUGAAAACUAGGGUUGAAGGAACUCUAGGACAGUCAGCUCAGCUUCAAUGUUAGUAGGAAUGGAGAGAGAACAGUGGUGAAGGGAAAUUUAGAGUUCAGUGGGAAGAUAGAUAUGGCAGGAGUUUAGAUCUGUUAGGAGCAGUUGCAUUGAGAAAGUAUGCGUUGCUGAAUGAUAAGAGAAGAAUGAAGAUUGAGGGUGAUUGUAGUCUCUAUAUUUACAAUUCCCAGCAGGGGGAUCAAGGUGAUUAUAAAUGUAAUUUUUAUAAUCCACAGUUUGAAAGUGAGGGAUUAGAGUUGGGACUGAGAGUUAAUGUAGUGACACUAGUGGUGAUAGAUGGAAAUACAAGUAAAGAGUUCAAAGCUUUAGGGAAAAUGGAUGAAUUAACAACAAUGACAUCAACACCAGCCUAUUAUAAACAACAGUGAGAAGCAAUUCAACUCUUUCAACAUUGACAGUUAUUAAAGCUAUAAAUGUAUCACAUUUGAUUACAAGGGAGCCAAUCGCUCCAGCACCAAUUUUAGAGGAAAAGACUGUCAUUAGGGUUAGUGUCACGCCCUGGCUCUGGGGACUCUGUUAUGUUGAGCCAGGGUGUGUAGAGUCUAUGUUUCGUGUUUCUAUGUUCAGGAUCUAGUUCAUUGUGUUUCUAUGUUGGCCGGGGUGGUUCUCAAUCAGAGGCAACGAGAAUCAGCUGUUGCUUGUUGUCUCUGAUUGAGAACCAUACUUAGGCAGCCGUUUGGGCAUUUGUGUUUGUGGGAUCUUGUUCCGUGUUGGUUUGUGUUUGUUACCAAGGACUUCACGUAUCGUUUUGUUGUUUUUGUUCGUGUGGUGAAUAUAUAAUAAAGUAUGUUUGCAUUCCACGCUGCGCAUUGGUCCAAUCCUUUUGACGAUCGUGACAGUUAGGAUGGGUGGUACAGCUUAUCUUCCUUGUAGAUGUGAGAGAAGGAAUGUGUAGAGGUGACGUUCCUCUCAUGUGGAGAGAUAAUUAUGGAGAAGAGUGUUGUUAUAAGGACAAGAAGUAGAAGCUGUUUCACCUAGUGAAAGGAAGUAUAUUUUGUACAACGAUAUGAAGUGGAAGAGGGUUAUGAGUGAUUGCUAACUUAUUUUGAGUAAUGUUAGAGGGAAGAUAAGGGAGAAUACUAUCAUGGAGGUACAGGAUGAGUUGUUUGAUUUUGAUGGAAGACAAGAAGAUAUAUCUGAUCAAUACUGCUCGUUAGGGAAGAGAGAAACUAAAUGGAAGGCAUAUGGAUUUGAUUUUUCUGUUUGGAAAUUAAAGAUGGAUGGGCAGGUAGGAAUCUUUAGUUCAACAGUUAACUCAUUCUGUAAGAUCAGUGAGGAAUGUUGAGGGUCCAUGUCUGUUGAGAAUUUCAGCACCAGGAACAUGGGGUUGAAUCUUAGAGAAGGUAGCUAAACCUCUAUCAAGUAUGUGUAAAUCUUAUGCUUUAUCAUGGCUGUUGUAUCAGCAACAAUCAUUAAGAGAUAAAAUAAUGUCGUUGUGGAAGCAUUUGUUUAGGCCUAGGGUUAAGUGUUAUUGGUUAAGUGAAUUAACCUAUGUGAAUUUGUUAGAUAGGAAGGAAAAUCAGUUAACUGCGAUUCAUGAAGCAUUGGAGGUGAAACCUGUGAGGGCUAAAAGCUGUUUUUGUUAAAAUAAAACAUAUGAUGGAAAGAGGAUGUUUAGGGGAAUAUCAGAUGGUGAUGAUUAUAUGAUGACUUUGGGGUAAGCAUGAACAUAAGGUUAGUAAUGAGAAAUAUAAUGUAACUUUUGAUGUUUAAUUUAGUAAAAAGAGAAGGACUUUGAUGGUGAGAGAAGUUUUUGCAUGGUAAUGUGACUAUUGGGAAUUUUAGAAACAUCUGGGGUUUGUGGUGAGAAAUAAUAUAUUCUUACCCUAUGGAUGGAUAGGAUGUUGUUACAUUUUGAAGUUGAAGCUUUCAUAUGAGGUUUUUACAAUUAAAAGAGGGGAAGCAAGGGAAAGAGAUAAAUCUGAUUCUGAAAGAGAGAAGUUUAAUAGUCUGGAAGCCUACCAUUGGAGGAUAAGUCUAGGAGAGAAGUGGGGACUUUUUCCAUGGUAUGAUGUAAAAUUUUGGAAGAUAACAUAGAUAAUAUUAGCUAUAAUUUGAAGGGUUUUGCAAAUGAAACGAUAAGAGGGUUUAACCUUCUGUAAAGACUCAAAGGAGUAUUGAUGGAUAGAUAUCAAUUUUGAAUUUUUCACAUGUUUUUAAAUAUUAUGGUGAUAGUUAGUAUUUUGUGAUGAAUCAAAUGGGGAAAUGGAAUGUGAUUCAUUUUAUAUAUAAUUUUAUAUAUAAUUUUUAGUUGAUAUUGAUGUUUUAAUUUGAAUGUGUUGUUUUGCAAAAGAUACUGUUUGGUCUUUUAUUUUCUUCCAGAAGCAUAUGGGGGAAUGUGUAGAGGGGACAAUAUGAAGGGACAAUAUGAAGGGACAAUAUGAAUGGACUGGUGGAAGUGGAACAAGGAAGGUGUGGAAAGGUUCAGAUUCCAUCAUUGAAGUUGCAUUGGAAGUCGACACUGCUGAGGAGAUGAAGUGUAGUGGACUACAUUCCAGUGUCUGCAAUGAUAUAUAGACAUAUUUGCAUGUGUAAUACAUAAUUUGUGUCAUAUUCUUUCUGUAUUAAUUUUUGAAGAAUUAUAUUUGCUGUUAUUGGGAACAUGUGGGGAUCUCAGAUGUUUUUGUUUAUUUUGUGGAUGCUUAGGGAUAUUGGGUCUAGGCAGGGAUAGAGAGAAUCCACAGGAGGGUCCAAUGUGUUGACCAGCCUGAAUGUGGACAAAUUUGAUUGUAUUUUGUUUGCUGAGGCUUUCAUGUGUAUUUAAUUGCAUCAUAGUUUAAAAUGCAUUGAUAAAGAUGUAUGAAUUGAUCUGGAGUACUUAAGUGGUUGCCUGGGGCAGAGGGGCCAUGAGAGAAUUUUACUGUCUUGAUUGAUUGAUGGAUAUUUGGAAAGAAAGCUGCCAGACAGGUUUUUCGCUCUCACACUCCAUAAAGAUUUGUUCAUUUUUCAUAGAAAUUUACUCACACUCCAUAGAGAUUUGUUCAUAUUUCAUAGAAAUGUAUUUACACUCCAUAGAAAAAGGUGUUUACUCUCCAUAAAAUUUUGUUUAUUGUUAAAGAUACUCAAUAAGCGAAAAAUUGUUAUUUGUCACAAACCUAUUCUUUUUGUUUUCGAGACUUAAUUAGUCUCGAAGGGGGGAAAUAUGUGGUAUCUGAACAAUUUAUGACUUUGCUAAUGGUUGCAAAUGGUCUUAGAGGAUGUUGACUAAGCUUAAAGGGAGCGUCUGGAGAGUAGUUCUAUAGGGGCAGAGGAAGUCUGUUAGGAGGAGUCCUGGGAUUGGUCUGUAGGGGAAAACACCCAUAUUAUGUUACAUAGGGCAUAGGAUAAAUACCACGGUUAAAACAAAGGACGGAGAGAAUAACAUAUUACAGAUUGGGUCCGGUUAUUCUCCAGAUGUCUGCAGAUGUCUGUAAAUUGACGCUGGAAUCCUUUGAUGGAAUAAACCCUUAUAAUCAAAGUACAGUGUCAGCAGAUUUCCUUGUUCUCACAGCAUAACUAGCAUCGUUUUCUCGACACCACAACAGCACAUAUUCCAUCCUGGUUAUUCUUGUUCAGUUAUUUUCUUGCCAGUGGGUGAAUCCUAGCAGCAUUGCCCUGGGGAGGCCCGACCCAGAUGAGAUGCUGCUUCAUUUAAUAACACAUUUCAUGCAUGGCCUGUAACGGCCAGAUGCUAAUGAGACGUGUGUUUUUGCUGCCUGGGUGAUGACUUUGCAGGUAAUGUUCCCUUUGCUUAAGCCUUGUACGGACUCAAGCAGCAAUUAGGGGUUUGUAAAUCACUACAUAUUCCUAUACACACAAUCAUGGUGUGUGUAUUAUGUUGCCUCAGUUAGGAGAAGAGAGAAGCUGCAGAGGGUUCUGUGGCUCCAGAAGGAGAGAGUAUUGAGUCCAGUGGAGGCCCGGAACGGAGCAAAUGGAAUGGCAUCAAACACAUGGAACCCAUGUGUUUGAUACCAUAACACUUAUUCUGCUCCAGUCAUUACCACGAGCCCGUCCUCCCCAAUGAAGGUAUCACCAACCCCUUAUGGUACUGUCUGACUGAUCUGUAGAUAAAGGGACCCCUGGGUCCACGCACCCUGUCGUUUCUCCAGACCGGGCCCAGCCUCUCUGGUGCCCACCCAGAGUCCUGCCAGGCCCAUGGUGGUGGAGCACAGCUGGCUGCAGCCCAACCACAAGGAACUCUGUCUGGACGAGGAGCUGCACAACACAGAGGUAUGGAUGUACUACACCCUUAGAAAAAAAAGUGCUACUGUAUCUAGAACCUACAAGGGUUAUUCGGCUGUCCCCAUUGGAGAACCCUUUGAAGAGGGUUCUAUCUGAAACCAAAAAGGGUUCUACCUGGAACCAAAAAUAAAUUGUCCUAUGCUAUGGGGACAACCGAAGAACCCUUUAGGAACCCUUUUUUCUAAGAGUGUAGAACCCUUUUUUCCGCAUCACUGGUAGAGACUCUGAGAGCACUCAGCUGACAUAAGCACGGUAUAGAGGAGUAUAAUAGUAGCAGGGUUUUGACCCUUCAGCAGUGACAUGGUAACCUUAUUAUCAUGUGGCGUUGAUAAUCACUUUUAGUUUUUUAUCUCCUGACUCUACUAGCUGAGAUGUAGACCGUACCAGAGAAAGGCCACAGGCCACUUCCAGAGACCUCCCAGGACCUGUACCAUCAGCCUGAUGGCAAGAGUUAGGGUGUACCACAAUGGAGACAGGCAUAUAUCUAUCAACGUCUGAGGGAAAAGCAUGGAAGAGGUACUUCCUCCAAAUUGACAAAAAAGGUAUGAGUCCGAUAUCAUAAUCCAGUCUGGAUUCUCUAUGUGGCACCGUCAGUAACAUGCUAUAUUUUGUGAUAAAGAUGAAUUUCCGGCCACAGAAAAAAAAAAAUUCACAAAAUAUGUACGCUGCAGACGGCAGGCCUGUGUACUGUGAGGCUGGGCCUGUCCCGGUCCUCCUCCAGGAUAUACGCUGCAGACGGCAGGCUUCUGUACUGUGAGGCUGGGCCUGUCCCGGUCCUCCUCCAGGAUGUACGCUGCAGACGGAAGGCCUCUGUACUGUGAGGCUGGGCCUGUCCCGGUCCUCCUCCAGGAUGUACGCUGCAGACGGCAGGCCUCUGUACUGUGAGGCUGGGCCUGUCCCGGUCCUCCUCCAGGAUGUACGCUGCAGACGGCAGGCCUCUGUACUGUGAGGCUGGGCCUGUCCCGGUCCUCCUCCAGGAUGUACGCUGCAGACGGCAGGCCUCUGUACUGUGAGGCUGGGCCUGUCCCGGUCCUCCUCCAGGAUGUACGCUGCAGACGGCAGGCCUCUGUACUGUGAGGCUUGGCCUGUCCCGGUCCUCCUCCAGGAUGUACGCUGCAGACGGCAGGCCUCUGUACUGUGAGGCUGGGCCUGUCCCGGUCCUCCUCCAGGCUGUACGCUGCAGACGACUGGCUUCUGUACUGUGAGGCUGGGCCUGUCCCGGUCCUCCUCCAGGCUGUACGCUGCAGACAGCAGGCCUCUGUACUGUGAGGCUGGGCCUGUCCCGGUCCUCCUCCAGGCUGUACGCUGCAGACGGCAGGCUUCUUUACUGUGAGGCUGGGCCUGUCCCGGUCCUCCUCCAGGAUGUACGCUGCAGACGGCAGGCUUCUGAGCUCCAGGGAGGACAUGCUACUGUGUGUGUCAUCAGGAGAGCCCUACAUCAGCCCUAAAGGUUCACCUCUAACCUCUGACCCCCUCCCACUGAAUGUCACACAUAGAGCAGGUGUUAUUCUGAUGUUUUUAUUAACAGAAAGACUGUGAACUGUGGAUUAUGUGGUACAUUUGCUAACAUAUAUAUUUGUAUAAGCAUUUUUCCUUUCCAGAUUGUAAGGAAAAGAUUGAGAUGAGAGGCAGCUAUGCUCGAGAGACGAGAUCUCGAGACCCUGAUAAUACCACAACAGACAUGGGACCAAAGGAGCUCCUGACUUCCACA